AUGGAGGAGAUCAGCAGCCAGAUAGACGCCGCCAUCUUUGCGGUCUCGGCAUUCGCCGGCACAUUCAUCAAUGCCGCCGCGUCUACAGACAGCUUUUACCAAAGCUGUGCUUUUCGAUGUCGGGGACUCUUUCUUUCGUCGACAUCAAUCGCUACACCUGUGUACCACCCUUGUCUAGCGACCUCGAUUGCUUCCAGCAAGUCAACGCGUCCACUAUUUGCAGUCUUUUGGUAUCACAGUUACGUCUCUAUCAGCACGACCGCAGUACCACGAACCCAUCGUUCGAAACAGAUGCAGUCCACAAGCACCGCUAAUAACGUCACAACCCUCCGGCAGACGAGUACUCCAGCCAUGGAUCUAGCUCCUGGCCAUACUUCAAAGACGAUUCCAGACAGCACAGCACGUCGUAAUGGACAGGAGCUGCCCUAUAUGCCAACACUAAAUGCAGUGGCUAUUAUGCUCAUUCCUCGUCAACCGGUCUUCCAAAAGAGUCGAGAGAGGGCGGGGACAUCAAAUACAGCUUCAGCCAGCUCAACGACUCCGACACAAGUGGCUACGCUAAUGGCAACGCCGGCAAUGCUCGACGCUCACAGUAUGUCGACGCUGCUUUCCACAGAGCAAAAAGAGAUCUUGUCCUCAAAGCCAGCAGAAUACAUCGACCAUGCCCUCGGCAGCGGAAAGAUGCUGCCUGAGUAUCCUGAACGACAGGUUUCUAUUCAUGACCGACAAGAUAUCAGGGCGCGAGCUACCAUGAUUGUGGCAUCACGAGCUCGAGAUUUGAUGCGCGACCAUGCUGCUCCGGCCCCAUCAUCGCCUAAACAUCAUGAUACCGACGAAACUAGGCAGUGCACCAGGACCGGGAUCUGGAACAGCAUUGUCCAAAUAGCCCUGCGCCCGUACGAUUAUGAUCUGAGGGACUUUGGUCUGAACAAUCUUACGGCUCCAAAAUUAGAAACCGACCAAUUCUUGGAUGGCAGACCGACCCACUCUAGGUCGUAUGCAAUCUCUCAGCAUAUUGCCUGCUAAUGGUACGUCGUGACGAGCAGUGGCGAGAAGAAAUGUCUAAAAGUUCGCACGCCAAGCGUGCUAAAACCGUCGGCCCCCUCAUAUUCAGGAUGGCCCGCUGCGACUGGGCCUCAUUGAGAUUCUUUCCACUGGAGGACGGCGUGGAGCCUGAACGGCUAGAGGAAGCCUAAGAAGCCGUGGACACCCUGGACCUCUCAAGAUA